AAUAAAAGUAAGCACAAAUACAUUUGUUUUGGAAGCACUUUUUUGACCAUUUGACUCGCUUAUUGUCCUUUUUUUGUCGAUUUUUAGUAUCUUAAAUCAUUACUAGUCUACUUUUCUUGUGAUAUUUUUUCAUCAAUUGUGACUGGUAUUCAACAAUUUGAAAGGAGAUUUUUAAAUUUAUCAUUGACCUUCUUAACAAGUUCCAUUGUACUUCAACAUUUAAAUUUUAUUCCCAUCUAGAGCACUUUCCAACCAUUUUUUGUGUCUACCUUUGCUCUUGCUUGGUUAUCGUUUAUUCCAUUUAUUCCACUAUUGUGAUUUUAAUUCUAUAUCUACCAUAAUGAGCAGAGUUGAUAAAGUAGAUGACUACACCUUUCACAAUAAUCCUCAACAAGGAUCUUCUGGUUAUUUAUUGGACUCAGAUGACUCCAGUUCCAAUCCGGCCUGGGUAGAAAGGCGGCAACAAUUAAUGGAUCGCCUCUCAAACGACCUUGCAAUUGCUCCUGAAGAUGCUGAUGAAUUUGAUGCUCUUAACGAUGAAACUUUCGGAGCUGCAACCUUCGACGAAGAUUGGGAACAACAACAUGAAAAAAUGGCCUCAUUGGUUUCUGGGCCUUCUCAAUACCAAUCGCCUGCUGGCUUAUCAGGCAUGCAUAAUCAACCACACACGACGACAUCACCUUCCCCUCAUCCUCCAUCUUCAUCUUCGUCUCAAUUUUUAAAUCAAAACAAUCUUCCCUGUUUCGACUCGAGUAAAGUUCUGGACUGUCAAACCAUUGAACAGGGAAUGCACAAUUUGUCUACAUCAUCCAGAUCAAUUCCUCCAGAAGCAAAUAGUAGACAAAAAAUGAGCCCAAACAGCUAUUUUUUCGGCAAAACUUCAUUGGAAAACCCUUUCAAUAAUGCACCAAUUAGAUCAACAGAAUCAAUUUGGAAUACUGAUCUUGCAUCUACAAAAUUUUCUCAUAACGAUAACACUAAUAUUCAAAUGACAUCACCUGUUUUGAUGGCCAAUGUUGUAAGUUCAUCUAUGUGUGCACCUGCUGAAUCAUCUUCAGUAAAUCAACCGCGACAAAUAAUUGAAAAUGAUGACAAUUCUCCUUCCAGGCCUGUUAUAAAAAGACCAGUUAGAGCAGAAGAUUUAGAAGCUAUGCUGUUAAACUCUGACCACAAUCGUAAAAAUUCUACUUCGACAGAAAAAUCUACACCAAAAGCUUCAGAAAGUAAUUUGAAAAAUGAAAACAAUGAUAGUGGUUGGAGCCCCUUCAGUAUGGGUGGUUUCAUACCUAAUAUUCAGCCUUCUACAAAUGUAAAUUCGAAUGACCAAAACAGUCAGCCUCAAGCUUCGAUCGGUUAUGGAAAACCAAGCUCGAUAAAUUCCCAUCCAUCAGCUGAUGUUGACCCAAAAAAAUCAGUUUCUAAUGGAAAGCCAUUCAAACCAAUGACCUUAGAUGAAUUAGAAAGACAUCUGUUGCAUGAUAAUCCUAAUAAUACCCAAAUUGAGACAAAACCUGUUCAAAAUGCUGGCAAUAAUUUGAAUAAAUUUUUUCCUGGUGUAGAUUUAACAAAUAGUAACCAAGAAAGGAGAGUUUUGCCCGAACCAGUCCAGCCACUCGUUAGUUCAACUAAUGUAUCUCCAUCAAAUGAAACGAUCAACCCUAAACCAUUGUUCAGUAGUCUAUUUAUGCCAGGAAAUAGACCACUUAUUCAACAGUUUGUACCUGCGGUCAUACCUCGAGCCCCAUUUUUGCCAUUCUUACCUGGACCUAUUCCCAAUCCAUCGUUCAUUCAACAUCAUCAAAUGCAACACUUACAGCAGCUUCAUCAACGAUUCGCUCAUCAACGCCGACAGUUUUAUCCUCGACCAGGUACACGUUACCCGCAUCACGAUAGAAGUUCCAACGACGAUGAGUACGCUGGCUUAAUGACUCAAAGCAAUAAAGAAUGGCUGAUAAAAAUUCAAAAUAGUGCAUUGAAUUUCACAAACCCUUAUAAAGAAGAUUUUUAUUUCGUAUCUUUUAAAACAAAACAAUUGGCAACUGCUGCUAAAGCUAAAAAAGGAGACAACGGAUCAAAAGUUCCUGCUUUAAUUAUUCCGGAAAGAAAAAAUGACGAUAGUACAAAAGUCGAAUAUGUGCCGGUACAGUUUGAAGGAUCUCUGGGAAAGAUUCAAGUCUCCAAUGUGAAAUGUCCUCGAAAAUUGUUAGAUGUUGAUCCAAAGCACCCAACCAAAAUUGUUGAUCCAAGCCAAGACAGACCAAUGACACCAAUCGGACGAGCAGAAUUGAAUGCGUUCCGUCGCCUAUUAUUGGAUAUUGAACAGCUCUAUGCACUUAUGCUGGAAAUAGAUGAAGAGGAUAAAAAGAUGGGUGCCCUUCCAGAAUUUCAACGAGUGCCUCAUGCUAACAGGCGAUCCGAUCUUUGCAACCAACUUUUCAGGGGCGUUUAUGAUGAACAAAGUGAAAACAUUAAUCAGAAGAUAGCCAGUGUAAGGAAAGGCAUCGCUUUAAUUGUAAGAUCACUUCAAGUUCUUUCCGAUCCAAAACAAAAAGCUGCUAUCGUUAAAAGCCUUUUAGAUAGCAAUAACAGUCACUAUGUGACUAAUUAUCGAGAUAAAGGCCUCCAUCAUCUAGAUUUCAAAGAAAUUCUUACGGAUGUCAUUGCCUCACUGAAAGAGUCUCAACUUCCAGAGAUAGACUUACUUUCUCGCAAACUGAACAGUACAUCGUUUCUAAAUUAAUUGGUUUCAUAGCUUUCAAUCAACCUGUUGCGCGAAAGUUAUCUCUACCGGCCAUUUUUUGUAAAUGUUCUUGUUAACAUUUUACGAUGUUACAAUUAAAGACCAAGCAGAACAUUGAUUUGAUUUUCUUUUUCGUCAAUUUGUAAACAAUAUUUCACAUUCAUUCCAAUUUACUUUAUUAACAUCAGAUGAGUAAAUUGAAAAUGAAAUACAUGAAAUAGUUCAAGUAU